UGCAUGGCCCCAUCCCCUCGUGUCGUGAUGAAUCCCGCGCAGGGGUCGCCGUCCCAGGACGCCAAACAGCUUCAUCAGAAAGAGGAGACGGACACGGAGGGCGAGGAGCAGCAGCCCAGAGACAUGACCACGGAGAAAGGAUACAAACUCCAACGGAGCUGCCUCCCGUUUAGCGUCGAGUCGUUGAUUUCCAAGAAGACCACCUGUCGGACUUCGUACCCCCCACAGAUGGCUCUGGCUCUGCAGAAACCGGCUCAGUUCUCUCCCAGGACGGUUUCCGCGGAGAGCUCGCAGGGUGUCUCCAGCAGCUCCAGCGAGGACAGCCCGCAGCUAAGCGAGAAGGACCAGAGCACCUGGUACCAGACGUCCUCCUUCUCCAGCCCGCCCCGGAGCUCCAGUCCACCUCAGUGUACUUUAAGGAAACACAAAAACAACAGGAAACCUCGCACCCCCUUCACUACCUCUCAGCUGCUGGCUCUGGAGCGCAAGUUCCGCCAGAAGCAGUACCUCUCCAUCGCCGAGAGAGCCGAGUUCUCCAAUUCGCUCAACCUGACGGAGACUCAGGUCAAAAUUUGGUUUCAGAACAGGAGAGCCAAAGCCAAGAGACUGCAGGAGGCCGAGCUGGAAAAGUACAAACUGGCCUCCAAGCCCAUGCUGCCGGCCUUCGCGCUGCCACUGCCCCUCGGAGCCCACAUGGGGUCUCCGGCGUGGGGCCAGGCAAACGCCUUUGCGAGGCCCAGCCUGCCGGUCCCGGGACUGUUCGGCGGACCCGUCACUUAUGGGAUGUACUAUUUGUCUUAG